AUGAAUACUUACUCAAAUCUUGACUUUUCAAUAGAUGAUUACAGUUUAGAAGAUGUAAUAAGCAAGUCAUCAAAAGACCUUGAUAAUUAUAUUAAAAAAUUUCAUAAUCAAAUAGUAAAACUUACUGAAAAAACAGAUAGAGUUAAACAUUUUCAGAAUAAUAUUGCUGAAAAUUUGACUGCAAUGGAAAACAGACAAAAAGAACUUGAAAAUAUUCUGAAUGAAUUUGAUACAAAUUCUGAAGAUAAAGAAAAUGAAUUUAGCUCAUUGGAUGAUGAAAGAGAAAAGUAUUAUGAACUUUCAAGGAUUCUUAAUCAGGAAUUAAAUGAGAUGAAUGAAACAGUAUCUAUGAUAAUCAAAGAUGUUAACAAAAACUUGUCAUCUUCAUUUUCUAACAUGUCUUUGGAACACCAAGAUGAGUCCGAUGAUGAAUCUGAUGAACCAAUGAAUCAAGUUGUCAAAAUACUUAAUUCACAUUUAAGUACAGUGCAAUGGAUAGAUUCAACAGCAAAUCAAUUAUCUGCAAUUGUUCAAGGAACACAAAGCACAAAAAACAAAUAA